AUGUCUUCUCUCUCUUUACCAUUAUUCCGGCGCAUUAUCCGUAGUCUAUCCCCUCAGCAAAACAACUUAGUUGGUGCUUUUGCCUACGGCUCUGUCGUUUUUCCACAACAUGGACGUCCCUCUGGAAACGGACAAAUUGAUUUGGUACUAAUUGUUACUAAUCCUGUUCAGUGGCAUUUUUCAAACAUUCAGCGUCACCCAGAACACUACAAUAUGCUGAUGCGUACCGUGAAGCAUAAAAGCUAUAUGCCAUUUGCCCUUCGAGCUAUUUUGACCGGUUGGCCUGGACCUAGGGUCUAUUACAAUCCUCUGGUACAGUGGCAUGAUGACCAAGGAACAGGGAGUACUCUGAUGCUGAAAUACGGCGUAGCGUGUUUGGACGAUGUGAUUUCAGAUUUGAAUACUUGGUCCAACCUGUACGUUGCAGGCCGGUUGCACAAACCGGUACUUUGGCUUCCCAUCAGUGAUGUGGAACAUGGCAAGACAUGGACAGGGGAACAGUCAUCUUACGCACCACUUGAUAAAGCGCAAAAGGCCAACUUGCUUGCUGCUCUAAGCUAUGUGCUUCUCACUUUUGUUCCGGCACAACACACCAUUCCCGAAUCAGACCUGUUUCAUGCAUUGGCUUCCAUUUCGUACAGUGGAGACUGGCGCAUGAUUGUGGGCGAAGAUAGAAACAAAGUUACUCGUCUUGUAACUGGUCUUGAACGAGUGACUAGAUUUCGUCAGCUGUAUGCGCCCUGUUUCUCCGAUCCCUCCAUUCGAGAGUUUGUAUCAUUCAAACCGCUCACGGAGGCGGAAACCAAAGACCAGUUUGCGCUUCAUAUUAUUCCACCCCGAAACGACCCCAGUCUAAUCGAAAGACUGCUAAACAACUUACCGGAACGACUGCGUUCAAUUGCUGUGCAAAGCAAGUCUAAUACUAAGGGUCAGUGGUCAAUUCAUAUGCCUACCAUGAAUACGGUCCAGACCAAGGUCAAACGCGCAGUUGAAGGUACAGUUCGGCGGUCGAGCAUACAGCAGACAGCUCUCGGAGUAAUUUCGGCUGGUCCCGUUCGAUCUGUAUUGUAUGCGGCAGCCAAAUUACGCAAGAUGUUUGCCAGCCUGGGAAUAGUGAAAUGGAGUUGA